AGGUCGCUUUGCCAUAACUAAUAUUGCAGUUUUGGCACUUUCUAAGCGCAAAAAUAGAUCUAUUUGUUUAAACAAUUAUAUCUUUAUUUGUGCAAAGUGCACAAGUCGGCGUUUCACCUGCCUGCAUGGCAGAAAAAAUGACCAGCAUGGAUGCCACAGUGCCGGAGGCCAAAUAUCAAAAACUGGCGAGUGAAUACUCAAAGCUGCGUGCCCAAGCGCAAGUAUUGAAGAAGGCUGUGUUAGACGAGCAGGCAAAGGAGGCAAGUCUUCGUGAGCAACUGCAACAGAACGCCACAGCGCUGAGGCGAACAGAGCAAGAAGUCGACUCACUAGGAUUUCGCAACAAGCAGUUAGAGUCGCGUGUCUCCCAACUGCAGCAGGAACUAACAGUGUAUGAGCAGGCUCGGAAGAAAAAGGAGACAAACAAACGCGGGCUUUUAGGGGGCAGCAAACAUGAACCUCCCAGUGAGGCGCCAAACGUAAAUGCAGCACAGGAAGCUCUUAUCUUCGAGGAGCUUCAAAAGAAAAUAAUGGAAAACGCACAGCUGACGUCAUUGAUAGAUGACAAGCAACGCGACUUGUUGCUGCACACGGAACGCAUAUCGGAACUGGAACAGAAGCUAGAGAAGCGAAUUGGCGACCAAAAUGAAUUGGAGAAGCGGUUGCGCAAAGAAGUCGAAUCGCUGCAGCUGAGGAACUGUGAGCUCGAAACAAAACUGGUCGACGCCGCGAGCAUGCUUGGCAGUGAAGACGCUUUGAGUGCCACUGGCAGCGACAGUACGCCGCUCCACAAUCAACAGCAGCACCAGCUUAACACCAAUAUAGCCUUAACACUAACUGCCGAAGAACGCAUCGCGCUACUCGAAAAGGAGUCGGCCCAUUGGCGAGCCCAGUACGAGGUGUCUAAACUUAACCAGAGCUUAAACUCGAGCUCGAGUACCAACUCGAACACAAAUGUGGAUCUCAGCAAAACGUUGAUGGAUGCCACCAGUAUUUGCAGCUGUAGUACGGCUGCAGCCGGCAUCACCGUUAAGCCAUGCUGCUUAGAGAACAAAAGCGGCCAGCGCGCGCGCGAUUCGGUGCAGGAACCGCAAGAGCCGCCCACCAAAGAGCAGCUUAUAUAUAGUGCAUUUAGCAAAAAAUAUGAAGAGCUAUUACGUCUCAAAGCGCUGGCCGAGUCGCGUGUACGGUCAUUUGAGCAAGAGAUAUUGCAUUUGCAGAUCUGCCUUGAAAAUGCCACGCAAGAACUGAAAGCCAAGGACGAUCAACUGUCCAGCGUGGGAAGUGCCCUGCAAAUGCUCGAGGAGGAGUUGUCCACGACUCGGUAUAACUACGAGGAGCAAAUCAGCGUACUGACAGAGCAAGUGAUAAGCUUAAGCGAACAGUUGGCUGCGUGCAAAUGAAUUUCGGCUUGUCGCUUUGCUUUAUAUUACAUGUAAAUUAUAUAAAAGGGCCCGGCCACUGUCCAAAUGACUAGAUACGGCCUGCGUUCUAAGCUCUGCCCUGUUUGUAAGCUGGUUGCUUAUUGCAUAAACGAAGUUUUCAUGCAAUCAGGAAUCAACAGAGACGGAGUUAAUAAGCAAAACUUGACAUUAAGAAAAAGCCUUUAAAAAGCAAUUCAUUUCGAUAGGUCAACGACUUACCUAAUACGUAAGCCAAAUACCCAAAAACCAACUAACUGCUAUGGGACAGCAUACCAUAUUUUUUUAAAUUUACAAUCGAUGCAGUGUGUAUAUAGCUGAACAAAUAAAUUUA